CAGAUCGAUAAAGGCGAAUCACGAGGGGUGGGCGUCUCCGCGUGGAUUUCUCUGCCCAUAGCAGCGGCCGAGACAGACCCAGCAUUCAAACGUUCAAGCCGCGGCACUCUUCAGAGGGAGCCGUGUUGUGGAACCAGUCCCGAUUUUGGAUCACCAGGAGAAAGUUGUACAUUUUUCGUGGGAUUUAAACAGUGAAUUUUUCGUGUGAUGGCUACUGACUACGGCGAUGCGCUCUGUUAAGCGAACCCAAGCCAAGACGUAAAAGACGAAAAAUAGGACGCCAUGGGGUGCGGCUCUUCUAAGGGAGACGGAGGAGGGGGAGCCAAGAAUGACAACCCACCGAUAGAUGGCAUCGAUGUUCCAGAUCUUGAUCCUAAGUACCCUGCUCCCAAACCGCCCGAAAACACCAAAGAUGACAUUUUCAAACCAGCUGAUUUCACUGCCAUUGACAACAAAGCGAAGCAGAUGGCAAGAACAAACGCGAGCAGCUAUGACGCCGUGAGUCGCGCACUAACAGCCAACUGCACAACGGACUUACAGAAAGCACGCGCCAUCUUUGUUUGGUUGUUUCACCAAAACAUUCACGGGUCGUUCUACAGCGGGGUGACGGACCCACACACGCCACGGGGAUACAUGAAGCUAAUCAAGACGGGCAAAGGGUCUUAUGCCACAUUCUUUGCUUUGUUGUGCAGGGAAGCCAACAUUCCUUGCAAUGUGAUCCGCGGAGUUUCAAAAGGAGACAAUUAUGAAGUGGGCCAGCAGAAUGUCAAGGGCAUGGAUGGGGCCUGGAACGCCGUGUACUUGGCGGGAUCUUGGCGAUUCGUGCACCCACUGUGGGCAUACUACAAGGAGAAACAAGCCUACGAAUUUGGCCAACCACCCCCAGCAGGUACAAAACGAGUUUCUAUCAACGAAUUCUACUGGCUAACUGAUCCAAUGAAGAUGAUCUGCUUCCACAACCCUAAAGCAGAACCUUGGCAGCUGCUCAAGUCGAAGUGGGACCAGAAAAAGUUCCUGGACAGCCCUCAGUUCACCGAGGAUUACUUCAAGUCGGGCCUCAUGCUCCCUCGAAAAUAUAACGCUAUCAUCUACAGCGACAAUGGCAUCUGCAUCAUUGACCUCGACCAUCAGGCCUUUGAAGAUCUGAGAGUAGACGCUACCGUUAUAAAAGACGUUAAUCAAUCUCAAGGGGAAAACACUUCUCCAGACUUAAACAUGGGAGAUUACGUCACAGUGGCGAGUUCUUCCACGCGCAAGUCCGCCAUUAUCCGAUUUCCGGAGAAAGGGAGAUACAAUGCUGAUGUGUACGGCGGGAAACUGACGUCAGAAACACAACGUCCCCUCAAGAUCGUCGAAUUCCGGCUAGAAUGUUCAGAAUCCGCUCGAGAGCCGGUGCCCUUCCCUCUGAACCCUCGCGAUGGGUUCGGAAUCUUGCCGGCUGCCAACCAGAUGGGGAUCUCCGACCCCAAUCCAGAUUCCGGACUUGUGCUGGUCAAACAAGGUCAACAGAAGACGUUCUCUUUCACGACCACCCAGAGGCUGGAAGCUGAGGCGACCCUGGUGCAUUACCACAACACGGACUCCAGGGACUUCCACUCCUACAUCAGCACGAGAACCACAGAGGACACUUUGACUGUUGACGUCAUUGUGCCGGAUGAAAAAUUGUUGGAGUUCGGCUUAGAGAUCGCAGCACGGCCUGAAGGCGGGGGUCGUUCGUUCGUGACAGUCGCUAACUACCUUCUCGUUGACGAAAACUGGAAGAAGAGAACAGCAGUUGUCUCCCCGACCAGAGGUGCUUCUAAGAGUGAAUUGGAAAGAAUCAGACAGGCCCUCAUCACAGCCACUGGGAAAACUGACAUCGCUAAGCUGGAAAACGCUGUGGAAGAAUUUGAGCGCAACUCUAUGCCUGAUCUGGGAGACUUGACUAGAGCUAGACAGAGGCUGGUAGAACUCCAUCUUGCUAACCUGAAGAAAACCACGAGAGAUAGGAAGCUAGAGGACCUCGAAAGAGCGAUUGACGCGGCCAAGAAAUCACAUGUGGCAGACCAGCUAGUGGACACUAAAGAGAUGGCGGACGCGGAAGCCGCCCGGCGACAACUCAAGCGCCUUAAGCUCUACAUGCACAAGGUGAUGGAGUUGAACAAGGCUACCAUAUCUGAGAUCCACAGCUACCAGCGACCGCGCCCCCUCGUGCAGAAAGUCAUGCAAGCAACAUUCCGACUACUCGGAGAGCCCAACAAGAAAAUACAGGACUGGAGCCACAUUCAGAACUCGAUGCGACGUCUGGGCCGAAACUCCAUGAUCAGUCGCAUGAGACGUCGCGAUAUUGUCGAUAUAAAGGAACCUCAGGUGAACGACGCAGAGAGGUACCUGGGAGAAACCAACAAAAUCCUUGUGCGCAUGUGCAGCGCUGGCGCAGGCACAUUCUACGUGUGGAGUAACAAUAUGAUCUCUGAACAUCAAGGCAAAGGCACGCUAGAUCCAACCAACAUCUGGGGUAGAACUAGCAAAGAAGACCCGUAUUCCAGAAAGAGCAAAGGAGGGAGCGUUCAAAACUCCCCACGCAAGGAGAAACUGGUCGAGUCAUGGAAUUUCAAAGACUCAACGCCACGAGGUCAACAUUAUCAUAAUGAUCCAGGGAGAUAUUCACCCCACAAUGAAGAGAAUACGAACAUCAAGUCUCGGAGAAACGAAGGGUGGGGUUCAAACACACAGCCCUCAGGCAAACAGCAAGACACUGUUUCCGACGACUGGGAUCCGAACCGGCGCUCCGGAAACUAAGACGAACAAUUACACCCUUUGUUACUAUCUUACACUUAGAUUCAAAAUGUUAGGUGAACAUCUCAUUAGUCUGUGCGUACUUUUGUUGCAAUCUCAACAUAAUUAUUCUGUGAAAAUCUCAUUGAUUCAUGUUAUACACAAGAUCGACAUCUAGUUCAUUUCACUUGUUCGAUUAUCCAUAAACAUUAUUAAAAGUUAUAUUUUUAAUAUUUAUUAUACAUAUUAUGUUUCUUAGACCAGAACUUUCCCUGAAAGCAAAUUAGAAUCACAAUGCUCCAUCAUGAGUUUUGUAGCACUGAGAUGACCUAAGGGCUAGGCCUUCUCAGAAGGCCUAGCCUAAGGGCGAAUCCUUCAGGUUUGAUCUAUUCUGGGGGUUCUGGGAUGCGCCAACCUUUUCCCCCUUUGGGCACAUGAGCUUGUUUUUCAAUUCUUGAUAAAUUAGGUAGGAUUUUUAAAAAUGAAUUAAGUCAAAAGUACCAGAAAAAUUAUAGUUUUUCCGUUGUUUUUUGUUGUUGUUGUUUCGUUUGGUUUUGUUUUGUUUUGGGGUUUGGU